CCACUACCUAGGGUCUAGCAUAUAUGAUUUCUACGAUGAGCGCAGCAGUAGAUAUUGACGAUAUCGACGACACACAGAACUCGAUUCUGACGUUCAUUCAUGACUCCAAGAAGCAGCGUGAUAUUCCCCGUGAGCUCCCAUCAAAAGUCUCUUCGCCCUCGGCAACAGAUACCGAGCCUGAAUACAUCGAGAUCCUGCUCAGCGUAUAUGAACACCUGAUUAGCGCUGCCCACCACAGCCGGCGGGAGUCAGGCACUGGAGAGUGGAGCGCAGACAGUAGCGAGGUGGUAGUGACUAGGCCUGUCAAUGUGAUAACCAAAACAUUUGGACUGUCCAUGGGGGGCAAGAUGAGGCUGAAUGGUGAAGAGUUUGUGCAUUUGCACGAGCGUGGUGUCCUAACAGUCAGAGACAGCGGCCAGGCAUUGGAUACAGGCGCAGUUUGGCGGCUUGCGGUGGGAUCUGCACACCUGCUUGUCGGUGUAUACACUGCAUAUGCGUACUUGCGCCGCCUUGGAUUCACUGUUAUACGGCAUGUACACAUCAGCAGGGACAGGCAGCUGGUCAGAGACACACCGCAGCAGUCGGGCUCUGCGCCAAAGAAGGAAUUUGGUGAACUGAUCCGAAAGAUAAGGCAACGUGGACCCAGUCCCUGGGCCUGCAGGGUCGAUCCAUCGCCGACAUCAAGAACCCUUGCACUGUACGAUGUCUUCAAGCCCACCAACCAGUACAAGAGGACCGAGCACAAAGUGCCCAGCUAUGUAAUGGCGGUGUGUAGCGCUGACCAGCCUGCCCCAACCCCAGCAGAGCUGCGCAGGCUGACUGGGCUAGCGUAUGAGGAGGCAGCGCUCAUUGCGGUGACUGAGCCAGGGAGCACUGCCUUCUUGCGUGUUGAAACCGCUGAGACGCCAUCAGUCAACAUAUAACAUGGGCUAAUUCAAGAGACAACGCACAACACCACCCACUUAGGGCAUGCGGCGAAUCUACCCAGUCAAUCAUUCGGCAUACUGGUAAUGGUGGUGCUGCCCAGAGUAGAGGCCGUAAAGUAGUAUUACAUUUGAAGAGAACAUUAAGGUCUCGACCUAGAAACAGU